AUGUCUUCCUCUCCACCGCCUCCGGCCGUGGUGGUCAGCGAUGAGGAACAGGAUAAUCUUGUGGUUGGAGAUCGGCAAACGCUUCUGCAAGUGCAACAGCAGCAACCAGCGGGAGGAGCCGGCAAUGCUGUGCAUGAGGGCACUAAACCCAUCACGCGCGCCUGCGCCGUGGAAGAAGGGGAACGAGUGGAGGAGGAGAAUGGACCAAAUGGGAAGCCAUCGUCAUCCACCUCUACUCCCACUCCCACUUCCACAUCUUCCUCUCCCUCCACCUCCAACAUCAUAGUCCAUCGGGCGAGGAGGAGAGAGCGAGAGUAUUUCGGCAGCAUCACGGAGCCCGUCCCUCCCAUUCCCCUCCGCUUCGCUUCCUACGGAUCGACAUCAUCCUCCAUUGCCAAUCACGACAGCAAUAACAACAGCAAUAACAAUACCAACAACACCUCCACCAACAACACCACCACCCCCACCCYAUCGCGCGCGCGGAGUGUGACGGAGAGGAAGACGCACGAACAACACCUCCACCAGCAACAUCAAUACCAACAUCAACGGUCCCGAGUCGGAGAUAGCAAAAGCGUUGGUCGGGAUGCACCGAAACAUGCGACCGGGUUAGUAGACAAACGGCCGAAGUUGUCACGAUCCAAGUCGCUUCCCCGAUCCCUGUCAUCCCAGCAGCAGCAGCAGCGCUACCAUUCCUACCCUGACCACGCCAAUCAUAAUCCCAAGAUGCCACGCUCGGUUGCUUCGGAUGUUUUCAUCGAGCUGGCGCGUGAAAAUCAUCCUGCCAAUGCCAACUCCAACUCCACCAGCAAUCAAUUUCACAACGCCAAUGUCACCUUUCCUGCCCACCGCCGCUCCUUGAGUCGCUCCUCCUUCAUCGACUCCUCCGCUUCCUCCUGCUCCGCCAAGAACAAGAGACACUCCUUCCACGCCGACCUCCACCUCCUCCCGCGACCCAUGACCAGCGGCGGUCCCAGUACCGGCAAAAUGUCGAGCUACCCGAACCGCCCGUCGCCGCGACUUCAACACGUCUCACGCGCCUCGACCGAUCUGCAACGACACAUGGAUCAGUAUAGCGCGGGCAAUCGCUUCCCCAAGGAUGAAGACACCACCUCCCAGGCCGUGGGAAGGCGACGAGGCUUCACUUCCACCGCUGACCGCACUCCCUUCUCUCCCCAAUCGCCGGAAAUGCCACAAUAUGGACGAAGAAGGCCGUCGGGCGUCUGGUCACCUCAUACUCAUGCGCGAAAGUCCCAAGAAGACACACUCCCCGCACCAAAGACUGCCGAGUCGGCCUCCAGUGACUCCCAAUCCGUCGACACCGUCUGGGAUGAACUCGACGACCUCAAAUCUCGCAUCAAGAAGUUGGAAUUGACGGGCAAACUCCCCACUUCCAGUGCCGCCGUCUCGCGUGACUCCAGCGAUCGUCCCAGGACGGCCACCACCGCUCCCACUACCAUUGACUCCUCCCCCAAGCAAGGCCGCAAACAGGAACAACCUCCUCCACAUAUCAUGACCAUGACCGCUCCCUCGCCAUCACAGCCCGACACGCCCACCACUCCCGCGGGAAUCAACGUCUCCACCAUUCACCCGCUGCUCCACAACGCCCUCGCCAAGGCCAAACCUCUUCUCAAUGCCAACCUCUUUCGCAGCUUGGAGGCCACCGCCGCCGAUGCCCUGCAACUCGCCGCCAUGACCGGGAGCGCGGGRCCGCAAGGUACCACCUUCUCCGCCGCUUCCAUCAUCAACGGCGUCACCGUCUCGGAUAGACAUGUUCGGAGGAAAGCCGACAACAUGUGUCGCAAUCUCACCGACCUGUGCCUUGCCCUGUGUGAGGGCAAACACGAAGCACCCUCAGYACCCACCCUCUUUUCAUCCCCGUUGACGAACGAGCCGCUGGGACUGCAGCGCUCGCCUUCGUUGAGAUAUACGCGCAGUGGAAUGGGAUCUUCCAGCACUGUUCGCACUGCGAGUCGCCUCGAGGCGCGUCGGAGCAGUAUUCUGGGUUCAUCUUCCAUCACCUCCGAUAUCAGUCCGAGAGGCAGUAUUGGCGACAUGUCAUCAUCCUAUUCACAAGACCAAUCCCCACCACAGCAAUCACCAUCUUCUUACCUCCAAGCGCCGCAGAGGACCAAUAGUCGAACUCCCAACCUCCGUCUCCGAAGUCGUCUUCAAUCUCAUGGCGAUGUCAGCGGGAAUGAGACGGAGGAGGAGGAGCCGACCGUUCGCCCACUAUCUCGAGCCAUGACCGAGGCGGGAUCAUUCCGUCGGAGGGUUGCGAGUGAGAGUGGAACGCCUGCGCCAGUGCAAGAUCGUCAACAUCGCAGUUCGAAUUCAAGUUUGAGGGAUUCCAUUUUGAACGCGAGAAAUCACAACGAUGAAGUCUAUGAACAAAACCGCCAUGCCAGUGAACAACCACGAUACUCUUCCGACUCGAGUCGGAAGCGACAAUCACAGCUGUACAACACUCCACCGACGGUCACGGAAGAAGACGACAACACCCUCCGAGGAACCGACUUCCACACUACUCUCCAAUCACAACGACGAAGGAAUAUGAGCGGGCAGUAUGGUAGUAAUCGAAAUGCCACCGAUGGAGGCCGACGACUGGAGAGGAGGAGUGAGAGGGCGGGUGGCGAGGGUGGUGGAUCCCUAUAUCAGAGGAGUGGCGAAGGUGGUGGAUCGCUACAGCAGAGGAGAUCUACAUCUGGGAUGGAGUAG